UGUCGGAGCUGCUCAGUCACACCAGGGACCUGGAGAGAAUUGGACACACUACAGGGAAAGAACAUAUUCUUAUCACCCCCUUCCAGCACCUUAGUAGCCUUAGCUCCCUGCUCAGCCACACGGUGUAGGAGGGACAACCCAACACAGCAGCAGCCAACAUGUGUGACAUGGGUGGAUUGGAUAAUCUGGUGGCGAACACGGCCUACCUUAAGGGGGGCGACGAAAAGGAGAUGAGGAAGAGGCGGCGCAGCCUGUCCCUUCCCAAGCCAGAACAGUGCGUGUCCAUCCGCGCCGCAGUGGGGAAAGAAUUUGAGAUGCUCUGCGAGAGGCAGCCCGUAGGGAAGAAGUUCUUCCGGCAGUUCCUCCUGGAGUCCAACCCGCAGUACGUGGCGGCCGCAGAGUUCCUGGACGAGUUAAUCGACUGGGAUCUGGCAGAAGGCGCUGGCAAAGAUAAGUCGAGGAUGAACAUCAUCAACAAGUUCUGCAAGGCUGACUCCAAGAGCUUCCUGUCCUACCUGACAGGAGAGGUAGCGGACAAGUGCAAGGCCGUGUCGGACAAGGAUUUUGAAGACGUGAUGAUGGGCAAGGUGAAGGAUGCCACACGGGUGUACCUGAAGGAAAAGCCCUUCACAGAGUACCAGACCAGCCCUAACUUUGACAAGUUCCUGCAGUGGAAAGAGUAUGAGAAACAGAAAAUCACUGAUAAGUAUUUUCAUGAGUUCAGGACCCUUGGAAAGGGAGGCUUUGGAGAGGUGUGUGCCGUGCAGGUGAAGAACUCAGGCCAGAUGUACGCCUGCAAAAAGCUGUGCAAGAAGCGUCUGAAGCAGAAGAAUGGUGAAGGCAUGGCACUACUGGAGAAACAGAUCCUGGAGAAGGUCAACAGCCUGUUCCUGGUGAACCUGUCCUAUGCCUACGACACUAAGACCCACCUGUGUCUCGUCAUGACCCUGAUGAAUGGCGGCGACCUCCGGUACCACAUCUACAACAUUGGUGAAAAAGGCCUAGAAAUAGGCCGCAUCAAUUACUACAUUGCACAGGUCACCACAGGAAUCCUCCAUCUGCACUCCAUGGAUAUAGCAUACAGAGACAUGAAGCCAGAGAACGUGCUACUGGAUAGCUUCGGCCAAUGUCGACUCUCGGAUCUGGGGUUGGCCGUGGAGCUCCCUGGCGAAAAGACCAUCAAUCAAAAGGCUGGCACAAGUGGCUACAUGGCCCCAGAGAUCCUGAAGAAAGAGCCUUACCGGAUGUCAGUGGACUGGUGGGCCUUGGGCUGCAGUAUCUACGAGAUGGUAGCAGCUCGCCUGCCCUUCAAGGACUAUAAGGAGAAGGUGCAGAAGGAGGAGGUGGCACGGCGCACCCUCGAGGAUGAAUGCAAGUACGAGCACAAGAACUUUGACGAGGGCACCAAGGCCAUCAUCGACCUCUUCCUCAAGAAGAAAAUUGACGAGCGUCUGGGAUGCAGGACCAAGAACGAAGACCCAAGGAAGCAUGAGUGGUUCAAGAGCAUUAACUUCCCUCGACUGGAGGCGGGGCUGAUCGACCCACCCUGGGUUCCUAAGCCCAACGUGGUCUACGCCAAAGACACGGGGGACAUCAAAGACUUUUCAGAGAUCAAGGGCAUUGUGUUUGACGACAAAGAUGACAAAUUCUUCAAGGAAUUCAACACGGGGGCAGUGCCCAUUGCUUGGCAACAGGAAAUGAUUGACAGCGGACUUUUUGACGAGCUGAACGACCCCAACAGGAAAGAGUCGGCCCCUGGAUAUGACGACGAGGAGAAGAAAUCUAAAUCCUGCACACUUUUAUAA